GCACAGAUCCUUGUGACGGAAUUGGGAGAUGAGACGUUCAUCAUUGCAGCCAUCAUGGCCAUGAGGCACCCCCGCCUCACAGUUUUUGCAGGGGCCAUGGCAGCACUGGGCGUGAUGACGGUGAUUUCGACUGCCCUGGGCUACGUGCUGCCGAACCUUAUUUCGCGCAAGGCCACGCAACAUGCAGCGUCUGUGCUGUACACCUUUUUUGGGCUGCGGCUGCUCUACAUAGCCUGGCACUCCAAGCCCCAGGAAUCCAACCAGGCAUGCCCCACCAGAGCUCUACAAGACAGCAACUUCCUGAGAUAUAGCAAGGAUCGGAUCUACGCUCGCCAGUUUCUCACAAAGUUCUGCACGCCCGUGUUCCUGGAAGCUUUCGUGCUCACCUUCCUGGCAGAGUGGGGAGAUCGGUCACAGAUAGCCACGGUCUCGUUGGCGGCGGUGUACAACCCUGUAGGGGUGACCAUUGGAGCGGUUGUGGGUCACAUGCUGUGCACGGGCACAGCAGUGGUUGGAGGCCAGCUGCUGGCCAUGAGGAUCAGCCAGCGCACUGUAGCU